UUUUUUUUUUUAUCGCGGUAUACGAUCAGUGGACAAGAUCCAAACGGCAGAGCCAUCAGUGAACUUGUGAUCACCAGGCUGUGAUGCACUUCACUGGUGACGACGCGCUCCUGGCUGUGGUCGACUAACUAGAGACUUGCUGUGGGAUCCGCUCCUGCUGCGUCUCAUCUGGAAUAACGUCGGGAGAAUCCAGAAAUUUCAUUAGUACGCGCACGCGUGCGGCAGUUUGUGUCUCUCUCUCUGUGUGUGUAUGUGUGUGUAUAAGAGAGAGAGAUUUUUUUUCUAAAGGAGGGGAGCAGCAGUGGUGAGAAUAAUCCCGUUUGGGCAAACGUUUCCCAUCGGCAGGGGGGUUUUCUGGACUUUGCAGAAGCCAGAGCAAAUUGACUCGGACAGAGAAGCAGCAGAAAGAGACGCUGUUAGAAAAUAAAGAAACAUAGUUUCCCAGACGUUCUGUUGGAUUCUACUGGUGGGACAGUUGGACCGUCAGAGAGGAACCAUGGGAAAGCAGAACAGCAAGCUGACUCCAGAGGUGAUGGAGGAUCUGGUGAAGAACACAGAGUUUAAUGAACAUGAGCUCAAGCAGUGGUACAAAGGCUUCCUCAAAGACUGCCCCAGUGGCAGGCUGAAUUUGGACGAGUUUCAGCAGCUUUACGUUAAGUUCUUCCCGUAUGGCGAUGCAUCAAAAUUUGCACAACACGCCUUUAGAACCUUUGACAAAAACGGAGACGGUACCAUCGAUUUCCGAGAGUUCAUCUGCGCGUUGUCUAUCACGUCCCGUGGCAGCUUUGAACAGAAGCUCAACUGGGCCUUCAACAUGUACGACCUGGACGGUGACGGCAAAAUCACCAGAGUGGAGAUGCUGGAGAUAAUCGAGGCCAUCUACAAAAUGGUGGGUACUGUGAUCAUGAUGAAGAUGAACGAAGACGGUUUGACACCAGAGCAGAGGGUGGACAAGAUCUUCAGCAAAAUGGAUAAGAACAACGACGACCAGAUCUCGUUGGAGGAAUUCAAAGAAGCCGCCAAGAGCGACCCGUCCAUCGUGCUCCUGUUGCAGUGCGACAUGCAGAAGUGAGGCUGUCCUCCCCCAUCUCCUACUCCACCUCCCUGCUGACCGCUCCUCUCCCUCUCUAUAAUCCACACACUGGACAGCAGCACAUGUUACAACGUCUCAUUAGGUUCUCUGCCAUUUCCACAGGAAAAAACAUAAACACACACAAUGCUUGGACUAUUUUUCAAUGGACUCGCUUCUUGUGGUUGUAUGCAUGAGAAUGUCAAAUGCUGAAUAAUUUUGAAUAUAGCUCUAAGAUAUCACACAUUUCUAUUUGAAAAGAUGCCAAUGUGAUUUGUGCACAGUAUAACCCUAUCCAUUCUUAUUCAUCCCUAGCUUGUAUAUCAGUGGAGCACUGCGUUGAAUUAUGUUCCUGCAGUAUUUAGGAUCCCCAGUGUUCACUGCUGCAACUACUGUACGCUUUACAUAAUAGUAACAAACAAUAAUUCCUAUUAUAAUUGUUACUGUCUCUGCUACUCAGACUCGUUGAGUUCUUGGAGAAUAGAAAGGCUCUUGUCUGUAACAGAUGUUCUCACACGGUGGAACCAAGAAGCGUAGGUUCUUUGCAUGCAUAUACUAUGUGUCAAAAAUAUAAUCUCUUACCUUUUGCAUCUUUAGGUGGUUAUAAAAGAGAAAACCCUCCUAAAUUCAUUUAGUAUUGUUGCAUGGGAUGUACAGUAUGUGACUCAUCAGACCAUUAGUUUGCCUCCAAUAAUGUGGGAUUAUGCUUUCCUCCAUUUGAUCCAUCUGUAUGUGUGACACUUCUUUUUUUUAGGUUUACAAAUGUGGCCCAAUUGCCUAGACACUGCUUUCAUGUAAACAUUUCUUAAGUUAUUUUUGCUUCAUAGACUUCUGGGAUAAGCAGAAAUGUAUUCAUGGAGAAUCACUCCCUUAUGAUUUUACUGUACUGCUGCCAGUUAAUCUGGAGAACAGGCCAAAUUAAUGCCAUCAUUAGGCACAGUACUCAUGCAUUAUUCAUAAAGACCCACACUUGACUCUCCUUUUUUUUUUCAGACUGCGUAUUUUUAGCAUUAUAAUAAUAAGUAAUAAUUAAGUAAGUAAUAAUUUCACUGGGUACAUAUCAACAUGUUUACAGAAAUGAUGAGCACUGGGCUUUUGACCUUGAUGCUGGGAGCUCAUUCUCUGGGCCAGGGAAGAAAGAAGUGCUCCACUUCCAAUGCAGCAAAAAGGGAAGAAAAAGCCUCACAUAUGUUUACUGGACGUACUGCAUUCCUAAAACUUGUUUUGUAAAGAAAAACUUUUUAUCAAAAAAAACAAAAAAUCUGAUUUACUUCUGUUUCCAGCAAUCAUGUAUAACAAGAGCUGUUGAAGGAGCAUUAAGUGAAAGGUUGACGAUGCAGGUCUAUGUAUUCUGUAAAGAUGCUCUUUCAAGAGCUCAGUUUCCCCUGUUCCUUUUCUAGGCUAUGCAAGCAUGGACUAAUUGUCAGCUUGUAGUCCACUUCACACAUGUGGAGGUUGCAGAAGCUUCUCAUUGUUCUGUCUUCAAUGUAUCAGAACCCAACCAUUAUUAGUGUCUUUUUAAUUUUACACAUUCCAGCCACAUCACCACGUCAAAUUCUUUGUCUAGUCAAUGUUUAUAUCCAAUAAGAAAAACCAUCAUUCAAGUGACUGUACACUUUUUUUUCUACAUGUGGCAUGUGUUGCACCUGAAUCUGACUCUGUAGUGAUUAAAACAAAUAAACCACCAACAGGCUUUUCCAAAA